AUGCUCGAUGCUUUAGGGGUCAUCAAUGGUUUCUUGUUUGCAUCCACAGCCACACAACCACUUUUCGCCCAAGUGUCAAACAUCUUCGGUCGUCGAAACCCCAUACUUUUUGCUCUAUUCCUUUUUGCUUUAGGAAGCGGCAUCGCGGGGGGUGCACAGAAUCCAGCAACGUUGAUAUCCGGACGUACAAUCCAAGGUUUAGGAACGAGCGGCUUGUAUGUGCUAGCCGAUAUUAUUCUCUGCGAUAUCAUUCCGCCGCGAUAUCGAGGACCUUAUCUGAGCAGUGUGCUCUCGAUGGCCGCCGUCGGCUCGACAGUUGGUCCCAUUAUUGGAGGUGCGCUGGCCCAGGUAGACUGGCGAUGGGUCUUUUGGAUUAACUUGCCUGUAUCCGCCCUUGGACUUGUCAUUAUCCUGCUCUGCCUCAGAGUUAAAUAUCCGCCGACUCCAAACUGGAAACAGGCGCUGGCGGAGGUUGACUUCACGGGCAAUGGCAUCUUCAUCCCGAGUAUAAUUGCAAUACUCCUCGGCCUUGUGAUGGGCGGUUCCCAGUUCCCCUGGGGAUCGUGGCAUAUUAUUGUUCCUUUGGUUCUCGGCUGCUUGGGAUGGGCGGCAUUCCACCUUUACGAGUCUUCGCCCCGGUUCUGUAAACAGCCAACGAUGCCACCCAGGCUGUUCAAGCAUCGCACAUCUGCCAUCAGUUUUGUUCUCAUAUUUCUCGGAUCCAUUAUCAUAACAGCUACUAAUUAUUUCCUUCCUGUAUACUUUCAAGCCGUCAAGGAAGUGUCACCUCUCGAUUCCGGCAUUUAUUAUCUCCCUUUCGCUCUCGCUAUCAUCCCAUUUGGAGGCCUUGGGGCUGCAUUUAUAUCCAAGACCGGCCAAUAUAUACCUCUACAUGGGAUCGGAUUUGCAUUAAGCGCUAUCGGAACGGGACUUUUGUCCACCUUGGAUGCAUCGUCUAGCCCCGGGGCUUGGAUUGGUUUUCAGAUUAUUGCAUCAGGCGGUUCGGGCCUUGUUUUUACAUCUACCUUGGUCUCGGCACUUGCGCCGUUGCCAGAGGAAGACGUCGCUAUUGCUACCGGGACGUACUCAUUCGUGCGCUCUUUCGGCUUUGUAUGGGGAUUGACCAUCACUUCGGUCGUUUUUAACAGUCAAAUCGACAGGUAUUUAUGGAUUGUGGAUGAUGCGUCGGUGCGUAGCUUGAUGGCCAAUGGACAGGCAUACGCAUAUGCGAACAGAGGCACGUUUAAUGCACUGUCUACUACCACUAAAUCCCAGGUCAUCGAGGUUUAUGUAAAGGCUCUACAAGUGAUCUGGAUAAUAGUCGCCGCUUUCUCUUGCUUUGGGUUCCUCUGCAUCUUUGCAGAGAAGCACGUGGAGUUGCGGAAAGAGAAAGGAAACGAAUUUGGGCUGGCGGAGAGGAAGUCCAAAGGACCUUCACCAGAGGUUGGUGGGGUCCAUAUAACAACUCGAGAAUAA